CCGCGCCGCCCCCCGCGCGCCGCUCCCGCUGAGCCCGUGUCCCCGCCCGCCCGCCGGGCGCCGCCAGCACCAUGGUGCAGAAAUCGCGCAACGGCGGCGUGUACCCCGGCCCGAGCGGGGAGAAGAAGCUCAAGGUGGGCUUCGUGGGGCUGGACCCCGGCGCGCCCGACUCCACCCGGGAUGGCGCGCUGCUCAUCGCUGGCUCCGAGGCCCCCAAGCGCGGCAGCAUCCUCAGCAAGCCGCGCGCGGGCGGCGCGGGCGCCGGGAAGCCCCCGAAACGCAACGCCUUCUACCGCAAGCUGCAGAAUUUCCUGUACAACGUGCUGGAGCGGCCGCGCGGCUGGGCCUUCGUCUACCACGCCUACGUGUUCCUGCUGGUCUUCUCCUGCCUCGUGCUGUCCGUGUUCUCCACCAUCAAAGAGUACGAGAAGAGCUCAGAGGGCGCGCUGUACAUCCUGGAAAUUGUGACCAUCGUGGUGUUUGGCGUGGAGUACUUCGUGCGGAUCUGGGCCGCGGGCUGCUGUUGCCGGUACCGUGGCUGGAGGGGGCGGCUCAAGUUCGCCCGGAAGCCCUUCUGUGUGAUCGACAUCAUGGUGCUUGUCGCCUCCAUCGCCGUGCUGGCCGCCGGCUCCCAGGGCAAUGUAUUCGCCACGUCCGCGCUGCGCAGCCUGCGCUUUCUGCAAAUCCUGAGGAUGAUCCGCAUGGACCGGCGGGGCGGCACCUGGAAACUCCUGGGCUCAGUGGUCUACGCCCACAGCAAGGAGCUGGUCACCGCCUGGUACAUCGGCUUCCUGUGCCUCAUCCUAGCCUCGUUUCUGGUGUACUUGGCGGAGAAGGGCGAGAACGAUCACUUUGACACCUAUGCAGAUGCACUCUGGUGGGGCCUGAUAACCCUGACAACCAUCGGCUAUGGGGACAAGUACCCCCAGACCUGGAAUGGGAGGCUCCUGGCAGCAACAUUCACCCUCAUUGGUGUCUCCUUCUUUGCUCUUCCUGCCGGCAUUCUGGGGUCUGGCUUUGCCCUGAAAGUGCAGGAGCAGCACCGGCAGAAGCACUUCGAGAAGAGGCGGAACCCCGCCGCAGGCCUGAUCCAGUCCGCCUGGAGGUUCUACGCCACCAACCUGUCGCGCACGGACCUGCAUUCCACAUGGCAGUACUAGCGCACGGUCACCGUGCCCAUGUACAGCUCGCAAGCUCAAACCUACGGGGCCUCCAGACUGAUCCCACCGCUCAAUCAGCUGGAGCUGCUUCGGAACCUCAAGAGCAAAUCCGGACUCACCUUCAGGAAGGAGCCACAGCCGGAGCCCUCUCCCAGUAAAGGCAGACCGUGCAGAGAGGGCCUGUGUGGAUGCUGCCCUGGACAUUCUAGUCAGAAGGUCAGUUUGAAAGAUCGUGUCUUCUCCAGCCCCCGAGGUAUGGCUGCCAAGGGGAAGGGGUCCCCGCAGGCCCAGCCUGUGCGGCGGUCGCCCAGCGCUGACCAGAGCCUGGAGGACAGUCCGAGCAAGGUGCCGAAAAGCUGGAGCUUCGGAGACCGCAGCCGUGCACGGCAGGCCUUCCGGGUCAAGGGCGCCGCGUCCCGGCAGAACUCGGAAGAAGCAAGCCUCCCAGGGGAGGACAUCGUGGACGACAACAAGAGUUGUAACUGCGAGUUUGUGACAGAGGACCUGACCCCGGGCCUGAAAGUCAGCAUCCGAGCAGUGUGUGUCAUGAGGUUCCUGGUGUCCAAGCGGAAGUUCAAGGAGAGCCUGCGGCCCUACGACGUGAUGGACGUGAUUGAGCAGUACUCAGCCGGCCACCUGGACAUGCUGUCCCGCAUUAAAAACCUGCAGUCAAGGAUAGAUAUGAUUGUGGGCCCCCCACCCCCUUCAACUCCCCGGCACAAGAAGUACCCCACCAAAGGACCCACGGCCCCUCCGAGAGAGUCACCCCAGUACUCACCUAGAGUGGACCAGAUCGUGGGGCGGGGCCCAGCAAUGACUGACAAGGACCGCACCAAGGGCCCAGCGGAGGCAGAGCUGCCCGAGGACCCCAGCAUGAUGGGCCGCCUGGGCAAGGUGGAGAAGCAGGUGCUGUCCAUGGAGAAGAAGCUGGACUUCCUGGUGAGUAUCUACACUCAGCGCAUGGGGAUCCCGCCCUCGGAGACCCAGGCGUACUUCGGUGCCAAGGAGCCGGAGCCGGCGCCUCCGUACCACAGCCCCGAGGACAGCCGCGAGCAGGGCGACCGCAGCGGCUGCAUCGUCAAGCUCGUCCGCUCCACCAGCUCCAUCGGCCACAAGAACUUCUCGGCGCCCCCGGCGGCGCUCCCAGCCCAGUGCCCGGCCUCCGCCACGUGGCAGCAGCAGGGCCACCCGCGCCAGGGCCAGGGCGCCUCGCCUGUGGGGGACCCUGGCCCGCUGGUGCGUAUCCCGCCCCCGCCCGCCCACGAGCGCUCGCUGUCUGCCUAUGGCGGGGGCCACCGGGCGAGCGCGGAGUUCCUGAGGCACGAGGACGCCCCCGCCUGCCGGCCCCAUGAGGGCGCGCUGCGGGACAGCGACACGUCCAUCUCCAUCCCCUCCGUGGACCACGAGGAGCUGGAGCGCUCCUUCAGCGGCUUCAGCAUCUCCCAGUCCAAGGAGAACCUGGACGCCCUCAACAGCUGCUACGCGGCCGCCGCGCCCUGUGCCAAAGUCAGACCUUACAUCGCCGAGGGGGAGUCGGACACAGACUCGGACCUCUGCACCCCGUGUGGGCCGCCGCCGCGCUCGGCCACAGGCGAGGGCCCCUUCGGUGAUGUGGGCUGGGCCGGGCCCCGGAAAUGAGGCCCCCGGGGCCUCUCCCUGACUCUUGGCCUUGAGGUUUUGAGGUGGGACCCUGAGGGCCUUUUCUUAGAGUCACGUGGUGGGUGGCACGCAGGUUGCGGGCAGGAGGGGGCUCUCUGAUCUCCAUAGUGAAGGGUGACAAAAGUUCUUUUCCAACGAGGGGCAGCUAGGCUAGCUGUGCUCACUCUGCAGACCGUCGGCCCACAUGUGUGCAGGGCUGGGUGGUGGCCGAGGACAGACCCCUGGCAGCCGUGCAGAGGCGUGGGGUCAGAGCAGGGCCCUGAGGGGGCGCCAGCAAGGGGCAGGACUGUCCCCCUGAGGCUGUCAUGUGCACGGCUGGGACGACGCCCCCUGGCCUCUUGGGUGCCCACCCGUCCGAUCUGCUGGUCAGCGGCCAGCGCCAUCCCUCUCUUCCCCCUGGGUUCUGAGUGUCUGUGAUGGAAAGCAGCCCUAAGUGCAGGACCCUGGCUUGGAGAGCAGGGGCGAGGCCACGGGACCACAGGGGAACAUGGUGACUCUUGGACCUCGUGGGAAGGGCCUGCUCCUCAGGCUUCUGGAAGGGGGUCCUUGGGGGCUGUCCUGGCCGCAGGAGACCCGGGGGUGGGCGCGCUCGGCCCUGGCCGGGCGCUGGUCACCGGGCUGUGGCCAGCUACUGUCUAGAGACCCAGUGUGGGAGCGGGCUGGGUAGUUGGGGGCACCGCUCUGGGCUGGGCUUCUGUUGCAGGGUCCCUGGACUUGGUGGGUUGUGGUGACAGAUUCGCACGCCUUCCUUCUUGCAUCCCCCACUGGUGCCCUGAGAGAACCCAGGCCUGGAUGAUACAUAAGCACUGGGAAAACCCUUCAAAGCCCCCAAGUGUCAUUACAGGCCCCUUCCCGUCCAGAGGCCAAGGCAGCUUUGUCCUGUGGGAGGUGCUGUCCUCACGGGAGCUGACCGUCCCCACCCGCUCUUCUCCACUGACCGGUCCCUUAGCUGUGGACUCUUGGUGUCUUGGGAGUCAGGGACACCCAUCCCUACCCUGGUCUCUGGGGAGCACCGGACCCCCCCCCGUUGUUGUCACCCGAGGGCAGGCAGCUUGGAGCUGGAGCCCAAAGGCAGCAGUGUGGGAGCCUGGCGUUUGAGAUAACAGAACAGCAAGUUGGCGCUGGCACCCCCUAAGGCAGGACCCCGUGUGCGCGAGGCCUGGGCCAGCUAAGCCACCUCUGCGGUGAUUCAAAGUCUCUUCCAGUGUAGAAC